UCUAAUGUUCGUGGUUCCUGGUGUUUGUGACAGAUUGUAUUCUAACCUAUUUCACGUCAUUUUAUGAAAAAAGUGUCGUAAUUAACGUGAAACAAAUUUGCACGAUUCAUCAGAGAAACCGUUUUAAAAAACUUCGAUUUCUUUUUUUUCAAACUUUUAAAGGGAAUUAAGCGCAAUGGGAGAACGGAAGGGAACAAAUUUGUACUAUCCACCUGAUUAUGAUCCCCGUGCUGGGGGUCUCAAUAAGUUUCUGGGCACUCACGCGUUGCGUGAGCGAGCCCGCAAGCUUCAUAUGGGUAUCCUGAUCAUACGAUUUGAGAUGCCCUAUAAUAUAUGGUGCAAUGGAUGUGGAAAUCAUAUUGGCAUGGGUGUCAGAUACAAUGCAGAGAAGAAGAAGAUUGGAAUGUACUAUAGCACCCCACUCUAUCAGUUUCGCAUGAAGUGUCAUCUCUGUGACAAUCACUUUGAAAUAAAAACUGAUCCUGCUAAUCUGGACUAUGUCAUAGUGAGUGGUGCAAGACGUCAAGAAAAUCGAUGGGAUCCUAAACAGAAUGAACAAAUAGUGCCUGAGACCAAAGAAGUAUCAUGCAGGUUGUAUGAUGAUGCAAUGUAUAAGUUAGAACAUGGUAUGGAAGAUAAGAAAGUAGCGAAAUCUCGAGAUUCAGCAUUGGAAAGUGCAUUAGCCUUGAAUGAGAGUAACUGGAAAGAUGAUUACAGCUCCAACUGCGCUGCGAGAGCCUUAUUUCGGGAAAGAAAAAAAGAGCUUAAGAACAAACAAGCUGGAGAUCAUGCAUUAUUAAAAAAAACUGGAUUAAAUAUUAACUUAGUAAAUGAGCAUGAAGACGACAUCAAACUGGCCAAAUUACUCGUUCAUAAGAAAGAUGUAAGAAAAAAAGAAGAUAUGAAAUUGAAACACCUAGUCUCGAUCGUGCGAUCUAAAAAUAGGAAAAAACUGUCUUCAUCAAACGAUCGAUUAAAAGUACGAAGUCCUGAAUCGCCAAAAAUACAAGAAACAGAUAACGCUACCACUUCUAAAAUCAGCAGCUUAAACACAUCUUUGGUAAAUUACGACAGUUCCAGUACCGAUAGUGAUACUUAGUACUUAAUGUCUAUCAUGAGACGAUAUGUAUUGUAUGUAUGUGUAUCUAUAUAUAUAUAUAUAUAUAUAUAUAUGUAUGUGUGUGCGUGUGUGUGUGUAAUAUAAUUUGUAAAUAAAGAGUAAAUUGUAACACAGGAAA